GCUGCUUGGGAGAAUUGGGGCGAAUCGCCGCGCAGAAGAGCUGGCGCCACUGCCACCAAGUCAACAGCAUCUCCAAGAAGGAGAACCAGAGGGCGCACGCCCAAGAAAACGUCAGCAGCCAAAGAGAGCUAUGGUGCUCCAACAUUAGAUCCUCCAUGGCAAUCGGCAAGUACAACAUCUUUGCCUCAGCCGUCUACGUCGACACCGGUGGAGACUCCAGAGAGUGCCCUCUUGAAAGAAUUGGUGCAAGCACUGGAGAAUACAGGCAACUCCUUGACAGAAGAUGUCCAGACAGUGAUCGACAAGACCAAGAAGCCCUACGAACCGCCGCCAUCAACGAAAUCAGUGCGGCAGUCCUGGGACAAGUUGGAGAAGAAGCGCAAGCAGUUACAGCAAGCACAAACUGCGCGCAGCAACCUUCAUUCAUCUUGGGCUGGCUACAUCGAAGAAUCCGUCAAGCGAUGGAAAACAUUUGCAUCAGACUUCGCAGAGAAAGACCAGGCUUUAGAGAAGAAAGUCUUGGAAGCAAAAGACGCUAUGCAGGAAGCGAGAGAGAAGUACGAGAAGGCGAGAGAUGCAAUGGACAAACAGGAUGCAGCACAGCUCGAAGUGGAGGAGGUCUCAGACGGCAUGGAGGAAGAAUCGGCGGACAGAAUUGCACAAUGGGUUCACUCCAUUUUGGAAGAGCCAACAUUUUUGACAGAAUGGAAGGCGAGCAUCUCAGCCCUUGACCUCUCCUAUGAAGUUUCACAACAUUGCGGCACAGUGGGCACUUUGCCUGUCGCAACCCGGAAUAGAUCAAGAUCACGACGAAGUUCCCUCCAAGUGACGUUCAGCCCCAUUGCAGAGCUCUAUGUGGGAUCAGAGCAGGAUUUUGUGAUGCAAAGGACCUACUUGACGCUGGUGUUGAGGCACUGCUUGGGCAUCGACAUCAAGAUCUACCACCAGGUUCACCUCUCCAGUUGA